AUGCGCCAGCUUUUUGCUGCCUUUGCUCCUGCGCGUUCGCCGUGUGGGGCGGGGAGUUGUGGCUGAGGCAAGAUGGCGGUGGUAGCUCGGUGCUCUAGGUCUUCUCGCGGCCUUUUGCUGCCAAGGGCAGGCUCUGGCAUUUCUGCAUUAUCCGCGGUGCCAUCUGUGUUGCAGCAGCAGCACCACCAAGUUCAUCACGCAGUGAUCCCUCAUGGGAGAAGUGGACGAUCCUCUGUUAGUGGCAUUGUGGCCACUGUCUUUGGAGCUACAGGUUUCCUGGGGCGUUAUGUUGUCAAUCGUUUAGGUCGCAUCGGAUCUCAAGUAAUCAUACCUUAUCGCUGUGAUCAGUAUGACCUCAUGUAUCUGCGACAGAUGGGUGACCUGGGGCAACUUCUCUUCUUAGAGUGGGACUGUAAGGACAAAGAUUCUACCCGAAGAGCCUUGGAGCACAGCAAUGUGGUCAUUAAUCUUGUUGGAAAGGAAUGGGAAACAAAAAACUUCAGUUUUGAAGAUGAAUUUGUAAAUAUUCCUAGAAGUAUUGCCCGGAUAACUAGAGAGGCUGGUGUGGAAACACUCAUUCAUAUCUCUCACCUAAAUGCUAGCAUGAAGAGUCCUUCCAAAUACCUCAGGAGUAAAGCUGUUGGAGAGAAAGCAGUAAGGGAAGAAUUUCCAGACGCUGUAAUUAUGAAGCCCUCUGAGAUGUUCGGGAGAGAGGACCGAUUUCUCAAUCAUUAUGCGAACAUGCGCUGGUUUGGUGGUGUGCCUCUUAUUUCUUUUGGCAAAAAAACAGUGAAGCAACCAGUAUAUGUGGUUGAUGUAGCAAAGGCAAUUGUUAAGGCAAUUAAGGAUCCUGAUGCUAAAGGAAAAACAUAUGCCUUGGCUGGACCCAAUAGGUACCUGCUGUAUGACAUGGUAGAAUACAUCUAUGCAGUUGCUUUUCGAACAUAUUUUCCGUAUCCGCUUCCACGUCCUCUGUAUCAUUUAAUUGCAAGAAUCUUUGAGAUCAGUCCAUUUGAGCCAUGGUUAACUCGAGACAAAGUAGACCGAUUUCACACAACAGACAUGAUAUUGCCUGAUCUCCCUGGUUUUGAAGAUUUGGGUAUUCAACCAGCAUCUCUAGAGCAAAAAGCAAUUGAAGUUCUUCGCCGUCACCGCAGAUACCGCUGGUUGGAUGCCGAGCUGGAGGAAGCAAAACCAGCCAAGACAUAUCCCAUGUAACAGUUGCUUGAGUGUUUACUUAACACUUCUUAAACUGUCUCUGUAUGACCUAGCUUUUGGAGAACUAUGUACAUACUAAGUAAAAUAUUGUAAUCAUGUGAACUGUC